UCCUGCCAUAAAGAUAGGGGUGGGGAAGCCCCGGAGCCCUGCGGCUGCUUUCCUCACCGCGGGACAGAACAGGGCGCGGUUGGGGACAGUCGGGUGUACAUUCAGCUCCCCAGUACUUUGCUAUCCUACGGCCGGGGCUUUGAGCAGCAGAAAGUUUCAGGUAACCCCUGCCGACAGGGUCAGGUGAAGCUGGGACUGCGUCGCCCCCCCAACCCCCCGCCGGGAUAUGGAGCUGCUAUCGCCGCCGCUCCGAGACGUAGACUUGACGGGUCCCGACGGUUCUCUCUGCAACUUUGCAACAGCGGACGAUUUCUAUGAUGACCCGUGUUUCGACUCCCCAGACCUACGCUUCUUCGAGGACCUGGACCCGCGCCUCGUGCACGUGGGCGCGCUCCUGAAACCAGAGGAACACUCGCACUUCCCUGCGGCAGUGCACCCGACCCCGGGCGCCCGCGAGGACGAACACGUGCGCGCGCCCAGCGGGCACCACCAAGCUGGCCGUUGUCUACUGUGGGCCUGCAAGGCUUGCAAGCGCAAGACCACUAACGCCGACCGCCGCAAGGCCGCCACCAUGCGUGAGCGGCGCCGCCUGAGCAAAGUCAACGAAGCCUUCGAAACGCUCAAGCGCUGUACGUCUAGCAACCCGAAUCAGCGGCUACCCAAGGUGGAGAUCCUGCGCAACGCCAUCCGCUAUAUCGAAGGCCUGCAGGCGCUGUUGCGCGACCAGGACGCCGCGGCCCCUGGUGCCUCCGCUGCCUUCUAUGCGCCUGGCCCGCUGCCCCCGGGCCGCGGUGGUGAGCACUACAGCGGGGACUCGGACGCAUCCAGCCCGCGCUCCAACUGCUCUGACGGCAUGAUGGACUACAGCGGACCCCCGAGCGGUGCCCGGCGGCGAAACUGCUACGAUGGCACCUACUACAGCGAGUCACCCAGUGAACCCAGGCCCGGGAAGAGUGCUGCGGUGUCGAGCCUUGACUGCCUGUCCAGCAUCGUGGAGCGCAUCUCCACGGAGAGUCCCGCCGCGCCCGCGCUUCUGCUGGCGGACGCGCCGCCACGGUCGUCUCCCUGCCCCCAAGAGGCGGCCGCCCAAAGCGAGGUCGAGCGUGGCAGCGCCCCCACCCCUUCCCCGGACGCCGCCCCGCAGUGCUCCGCGGGCGCGAACCCCAACCCGAUCUACCAGGUGCUCUGAGGGAUUGGGCAGCUGCAUCCGAGGGCGCAGCUGCUCAUCUGACCAAGGGAUGGUGCCCCUAGGGUCCCUCGCCCCCAACAAAUUGAGCUUAAAUGUUAACCCCCGCCUCCCAACCGCGCUUUAAAAGCGUACCCCUCUUUGAGGUAGAAGAAGCGGGCGAACUCAUGUGCUAUUCUGCCUCUCGCACCCCAGGGCAAGGACACAGUCCUUUUUUUCCACGCAGUACCCUUCCCUGAGACCCGCUGAGUGGCCGUUAGGUGUUCCACCUCGAGCAGAGCUGAUCCUUGAGGGGCCAGGCCCUUCUGCAGCUAGCCCCCUACGGGGUAGGGGCGUGGGAACCGUGCAGAAUAAGCCCCGCCCCUGGACGCCCGGGUUCCUUCAGGGGGCGUGGCCUCCCCUUUAAGGAGCCCUGGUGAUCUCUUUCCCACGGUCUGUGAGGUGCGUCCAGCUCCAAGGGUAGCAAGAGUAACGGUAACCACCCCCACCCCUACCCACUUUCAGGACCACUUUUUGUAAUACUUUUGUAAUCUAUUCCUGUAAAUAAGAGUUGCUUUGCCAGAGUAAAAGCCCCUAGGGCUGUAUUUAUCUCUGAGGUAUGGUGUGCGGUGCGACAGAGACUUUAUACGUUAAUACUGCAGGCGGGCGAGCCGCCGAAGCUCGCUCAGGUGUUCGAAAUAAAGACGCUAAUUUA